AGGAGGACCUGGAGGCCCUGAGGAAAGAGGAGGCGAGGCUGAAGAAGGAGAUCCAAGGGCUCAAGGCCACCGUUGCGGAGCGCGAGGCCACCAUUGCGGAGCUGCAGGGGCGGCCCGUCGAGCAGGGAAGCGGCGAAGACCCGCUGAAGGCCGCGGAGCUGAUGAAGUUCAAGUUGAAGUACGCGUCGAUAAAGCAGAAGUACGAUGAGCUGCUGCAGCAGCACGAGGAGCUCCAGCAGAAGGUGGCCAAGCUCACGGAGAAGCUGAAGAGAACAGUCGGCGAAGAGGUGGUCAACGAGACGAUGGCCGAGAUCGAGCUCGAGCCGGUGAUGAAGCGAGGCUACGUGAAGGCCUGGGACCGGCUCUACCGAGAUGCGCAGCGGCGCCAGCAGGUCGCGGCGGCCAACCACUCGAUCCUCAUGGGGCAGCAGCCGCCCCCGGACGCGGGCCCCAGCCCAAGGCCUGGCAGUGCGGGCCCGCAGUCGGCCACGCAGUCGACGCCGACGCUGCCAUCGCUGCAGACGCUCAAGAGCAAGCAGUUCGGCAUCAGCGCGCUGAUGGGCCUCGGCGGCGGCCUGAGGAACCCUCUCGGCGGCCUGGGCGGCAGCCUCCCCGUCGGCCUGGGAGGCGGCCGCGGCGGCGGAGCGUCGUCGGACGAGGAGGUGCGCGCGGCCGCCGGCGGGCCGCGGGCCGCCGCCCCGGGCACCGACGCAGCGGGCAGGUACGUGUGCCCGAACUGCAAGCAGCUCAUUGCCGUCCUGCGCCCAGUCCCCGCUGGCGCUGAGUUUGGUCAGCAGCAGCCGGCAGUCUCGCCACAAGGCGUGGCCAAGCAGUUCCAGAGAGCGCUGCAGAAGCGGGCCAGCGAGGUGGUGCAGCGGCCUGGGAGUGCCGCAGCCCGCGAGGUGCUGCAGCACCAGAAGCGGGCCAGCGGGCCGGCCAUCUUCGGCGCGGCCACGUCCCCCACGGCGUCCCUGCGGCUGGGCACAGGAGACGAGGGCGUGCAGGGGCGCUCCCUGUCGAAGACCUCGCCCACGGCGCCCGACGCCGCUAGGCGGCCGGGCAACCUCCCGGCCCUCCCGGUGGCGGACGUCCCCGCGGUGCCCGCCAGCGACGGCAAGCCGCAGCCAACCGCCCCGCCCGACCUGUCGGCGGCGCUGCAGCGCUUCAAGGGGUCGUCCUUCGGCAGGCCAGAGUCCGAGAAGAAGGCCGAGAAAAGGAGCCAGAGCCCGAAGGACAACAGGAGCCCCCGAAGCCAGGGGCCGCAGCGCUCUGACGAGUUCGGCGCCGUCGGCGGCCCGCCGGUCGAGACGGCCGUCCAGGGGCAGCAGCAGCGGGGGCUCGGCAUCGCCAGCGCCGUGGCGGCGCAGCUCGGGCCCGCCGGCGCCGUGCAGCAGCAGGGGGCGCUCGGGAUCGCCAGCGCCGUGGCGGCGCAGCUCGGGCCCGACGGCGCCGUGCAGGCGCGCCCCCAGAGGCCCGUUGCCCGGUGCGCCGGCAUGGGCGGUGACUGUCUGGCCCACCUGGGGUUGCAGGCGGAGCUGCGCGCGGGGCACGAAGCGCGCAGUGGGUUCGCCGAGAUGAGCUUCGGCCGCGCGGGCGGUCGGGCCCACUGCGGCCGUAGGGGGACCUCCCUGUGGGGCACGGAGCGUGCGAGGGAUGCGCUGGAGCAGCACGAGGGAGCGGGGGGCGGUAUGGAGGAGGCCGCGCUCCACGCCGGCCCGCCGUCCCAGGCCGCCCGGCCUUCGAGCGGCGCCGCCGCCCUGCGGCAGAGCGGCGCCGGCGCGGCAGGCCCGCCGCCGCACGGCGGCCCCCGGCCCGCGCCGGGGCCGCCCGGCGCCCGGCCGAGCGGCAGCCCGCCGCGCAGCACCCCGCCGGGGGCGGGGCGGCGGAGCGGCGCCCCGGAGGUGCUGGUCGCCCACGAGGCGCUCGCCGACGAGCUGCGCGACCCGGGCGUCCCCGAGAAAGCCGCGAUGAGGAACCCGUUGUUUCAGUCGUCUGGGUGGCAUCUUUGCUUGAGGACUGGCAGCCUGAAGGGGGCCAUGUCGGAUGGGCAGUCGGCCACGAUCGGCUUGCAGCGCGCCGCCCUGCGCGGCAGGCGCCCGAAUCCCGCAGCGCCCUGGACAUGCAGAGACGAGGCCUUCCGCGGCACGGGCGCGCACUUCGCCAAGCGUCGCGGCAGCGUGCUCGCGCCCCGGGAAUUCAACGUCGAAGCGCUGUCUCGAAUUUUGUUCGCAGCCGCCCGCGAGGACCCUGCGAGUGUCAUCGGCAGCUGCGAGUAA